AUGUGGGACUUCUUUAAAGAAUAUAUCAACGACGAAUCAAAUAUGGUUAACAUAUUUACAAAAAAAUUAACCUUAGGAGAAUUUAUUCGAUCAUUAAUAAGUAACCAAAAGUUGUUUGGAUCUCAAUGCAUUUUACCAAUGCUCCCUGCCAAGACACUCUCGCGCAUGGAAGAUUUUUGCCAGGAAUCUCAGCAACGAAAUCAAAACAAACGAAAGCAACAUGAAAAUCCAUUUUACCAUCGCCAAAGUGACAACAGAAAGAAACAAAAACAAGAGGUAGUUCCAAAUCAGCAACAGUCAUCAACUACAAGUGUCUAUCAUCUCAACAAACACUUGAAAAAGUGGAUUACGAACCUGCAGAAAGUAGAUUCUCCAAGCCGAACUUCACAAAGGCCACAAUUCCUUCCAAUUACACAAAAAAGUAUGCCAUGA